AUGCACAAACUGGACAGGACCAAGGGAGAAAACAUGAAGCUGAGACACAGUGCCUGCACACUGCUGGCAUGUUGCAGUGUAUUGUUGGUAGUUGUCUGCUGCUCCCCCAGAGACACAGUGACUCCUCUUCCUCCUCCUGGUUGUACCCUUAAGUUGGCGUUCUCCACAGAGGUCUCCUCCUCAUCUGAGGGAAACGGGAACAUCCACCGCAGAUCUUUGGCUCCAUGGAUCUGGAAGUCGUCCACAGUGAAGCACCGGAUCCCCUCCACUAUCUGGGAGGCUGAGUGCAGCAGUAGCUUCUGUUCCAGUCCCAACCCAGGACAGACGGACAGACACAACCUGAACUCAGUCCCCAUCUACCAGAACAUCCUGGUCCUGAACCCACAGGACGGUGGACGGUGUUACACAGCGUCCUACCGCUCUGUGGCUGUCGGCUGUACCUGUGUCUGGGCCAAAACCAACUAA